GUGAAAACAUGGCGGCGGCCUUCGAAAAUGAAUUGGACAACGAUGAUUAUUAUUCCUUGCUUAAUGUCAGACGUGAGGCAACACAGGAGGAGCUGAAGGCUUCGUACCGACGGCUGUGCAUGUUGUACCACCCUGACAAGCACAGGGACCCUGAACUGAAGAGACAGGCUGAGCAGCUAUUUAAUCAGGUGCACCAGGCAUAUGAAGUUCUCAGUGACCCACAGUCCAGAGCUAUUUAUGACAUAUUUGGGAAGAAAGGCCUAGAGGUGGAAGGCUGGGAGGUGGUGGAAAGGAAGCGGACACCAGCAGAGAUAAGAGAAGAGUAUGAGCGUCUGCAGAGAGAGCGAGAUGAGAGACGACUUCAGCAAAGGACCAACCCCAAGGGGACCAUAAGCGUGGGUGUGGAUGCCACUGACCUGUUUGAUCGAUAUGAAGAAGACUACGAGGAUGUGCCCGGUGGUGGCUUUCCUCACGUUGAGAUCAACAGGAUGCACAUAUCACAGUCUAUAGAGGCACCUUUAACCACAACCGACACAGCUGUUCUCUCAGGCUCCCUGUCCACGCACAAUGGGAAUGGAGGCGGCAAUAUCAACCUCUGCCUGCGGCGUGUCACCUCGGCAAGGGGUUGGGGAGAGUUGGAGUUUGGCGCAGGGGACAUCCGAGGACCUCUCUUUGGAAUGAAAGUGUUCCGUAAUGUCACAGCUCGCUGCUUUGUGACUGCUCAGUGUGGCUUACAGUUCUCAUCCCGUGGUGUACGGCCUAGUGCCACCACCAUGAUGGCUCGGCACCUUGACCAGAACACUAUGGGCUAUCUGCAGUGGCGCUGGGGCAGCCAGUCAGCCAUGACCACCAGCAUUGUGAGAGACACCAAGACCAGCCAUUUUACCCUGGCCCUGCAGCUCGGCGUCCCUCACUCAUACCUGAUGAUGAGUUACCAGUACAAAUUCCAAGAUGAUGACCAGACCAAGAUCAAGGGCUCUGUCAAGACUGGGUUCUUUGGCACAGUGGUGGAGUAUGGCGCUGAGAGGAAGAUUAGCCGACACAGCGUACUGGCAGCCACUGUCAGCAUCGGCGUGCCCCAAGGAGUCUCUCUGAAAAUCAGGCUGAACCGAGCAAGUCAGACCUACCUCUUCCCCAUCCACCUCACAGAGCAGAUACUGCCCAGUGCGGUGUUCUACGCCACUGUUGGGCCACUGGUCGUCUACCUAGCUGUCCAGAAACUUAUCAUUACACCUUAUGUACGAGCCCAGAAGGAGCAAGAACUGGAGAAGCAGAGAGUAGACUCUGCAUCAGACAUUGCCAAGAAGAAGCAGGAGGCAGAAUCUGCUGUUUUGCUGAUGCAGGAGUCUGUGAGGAGAAUCAUUGAGGCAGAAGAGUCUAAAAUGGGACUUAUUAUUCUUAACGCCUGGUAUGGCAAGUUUGUGACGGAUAAUAGUCAGAAGCAUGAACGGGCAAAGGUCAUCGACGUGACAGUGCCUCUGCAGUGCCUGGUAAAAGACUCCAAGCUCAUCCUCACAGAAGCAUCAAAGGCAGGUUUGCCUGGAUUCUAUGACCCAUGUGUGGGAGAAGAGAAGAGUUUGAAACUGCUUUAUCAGUUCCGAGGUGUGAUGCAUCAAGUCUUGUCUGGGGACACAGAGGCUCUGAGGAUACCCAAGCAAUCUCACAGAAUAGAUGCGGACACCUAGGAGCCCUCAGCAGAACGGGCUAGCGGAGUGAUGGACAGAUGCACAUAAAGG